AUGGCUGAAUUGGAGGCCGAAAUUACACAAAGAGACAUGGAAGAUGACGAAGACGAAGAGAUUGAUGAUGAUAGUAUUAUGCAAACUAGAGAUUCCAUUCUACACAUGGAUUAUCGGAUAUACUGGAUACGCGAAAGAGUCAUGAAGUUUUUGGGAAUAACUGGUCACGAGCUGCUCUUCUACAAGCUUCUAAACGCGAACAAUCGGUACUACGAGGACAAACUGUUAAAUUUUUUGAUACUCGACAUUUCCGGAGUAACGAACCUCGAGAAUAAAGUAAUAUUUUUCUAUGUAACUUACUACACUGAAAUCGUUCGAAAGGAAGUUCCAGUAUGGGAAAAAAAGAUCUUGAAGACCGACAAGAAAAUCAGCAAGACGAGAGGCAGGAGAAAAUUUAAGAGAAGCAGAACAAAGACUCCAAAAUUGGACCCGAGCGCGAUUCUGGCUUUGCUCGAGCAGUCCACUAUGACUAUACGAUCGCAACAAGAGUCAACGAUAAGUACUAUCAGCGAAGAGGAAACCGUGGACCUGGACGAGGAAGAGGCCGAGGGUGAAGAGGAAGAGGAGGAACCAGAAGAGGAAGAACCGCAAGAAAUCGGUAGCGGCGAUAGUUUGAGUCAGUCCCAGAAAAAAGAUCAAUCCGACAGCGUUACUACUGACAGUUUAACUUUCGUGCCACCGCCAGGGGACGAGGACAAAUAUGUUCUGACGAAAAAAAUGGUGGAGAAAGUACGAAAGGUGCCGAUGCUUCAUAUGAUAUGCGGCGAAUUGGACGGUGGCAGGACAGAUUUGCAAGACGUGACACUGUUCUAUUUUCUGAGAACGUCGGAUCAGGGUAUACCUUCCUUCGACUCUUACCAGGAGUGCAGCGAAAAGAUCACUAGUUAUCUGGCUGUUGGGUCCCUGCAUGGAAAGUUUCUAGUCUCUCUAAAUAGAAUGCUCGUUCAGGUGUUCAGACCAUUGGUGGAGAGUCAAUUCCAAGGACCAAAGUUCUCAGAAACCAUUAAAGACUCAGACUCGGAUGACGAUGAUGAACCACCUAGUCUGAUGCAACUCAUAGAGACUAGAAGUUCGAUCUUCAGGAGACCGUCAGAAUUUCGCAGAGUGUCCAUGGUGAUACAAAAGAAACAAGCUUUAAAGUUUGAGAAAGAGGAGAGAGCGGUAUCGUUGAAAGACGACGUGAAAGAUACUGAACCGAAACCAGACCACGACGUCCACAAGACUUCCAGUGUAAAUUUCGACGAAUUGGCGGAUAAAACGAGGACAAUCGGAAAGGCUCAGGCAAUUCAGUCAUUCGACCAGAGCAAAAAGGAUAUCUUGUCUUAUUUGGAUAAAUUAAUACACAGCGUGGAAUGGACUCUGGAAAACAUAGAAGGCGACAUUCUGCUGACGAUGCCAAACAUACCGAAGCUCGAGGACCCGAACGUCACCGACGAAAUGUUGGAAAAGGACAAACAAGUGAUCGAGCAACUCGAAAAUGUAAUAAUGUCUUGGGGAGUGCACAUACAAAAGGUCUUGGAAUCGUUUCAAACGAAAGUACCUCAGGGUAACGGCCCGUUGGCUGAGUGUAGUUAUUGGCAAGACCGAGAGACGGGAUUAUUGAUGCUGGUCGAACAGUUGAAGGCCUCCAUAGCUCGAAGGAUUUUAGGCGUGUUGAAUAAUGUGCUUUCGCCGAUCGCCUCGAAUUUCGAAUACUUUUACGCGGAUCUCUGGAAAUUUUACGCGGAGGCCAGGGACAACAACAGAUUCCUUCAAACUGUUAUAAGAUACUUCAAACUAAUCGCAGAGUCGGAUUCCUUCAAAUCCAUCACACAGGCCAUUGCGUCACUGAUAGAAGGAUUGAGAAUGAUUUGGGUGCUCUCAGGCUAUUAUUCCUCCGAAGAGAAAAUGAUGGGUUUGCUGGAGAGAAUAUCGUGGCAGCUUUGUCAGAACGUGAUCGAAAACUUGUCGAUUAAAAACCUCUUCAAAAAACCUUUGGAGGAGAUUCUACGUCAGACAGACGAAGCUCACACGAUGCUGAAGAGUUGGAAAACGACUUAUCUGAAGCACAGAGAGGACAUCGAGAUCUCAGGGAAAGGGAUGCGUUGGGAGUUCGAUCAGAAACGAUUGUUUCAAGGAACAGAGUACAUAGCUUUCGUCUGCGACGGCCUUAAUCAAAUCGCGAACGUACUGCAGGACUUUUACAACGUCUUCGGACCCCAUCUGAAGUCCAUAAUCAGCGAUCCAGCGCAAAUCGAUACCAUAAUAAAGAGGGUCGCUAGGUUGACUCUACCGAUCCAGGAGGCAGACUUCAACAUCUACGACGAGUUCAAUAAAGAGAAUUGGGAAGCGACUAUGACCUGGUUUUACGAGAAAGUGCAUUUCCUUGAGAACGAGGCGAGAUUCUUUAUCGACGAGUGUUUCAUGGCACUGAUAAACGCGGAGGAAGCGUUGGAAGUGCUUCUCAAAUUUAAAGACACGAAGACUAGGAAUACCAUUCACGAGCAAUUGUUAAGAAAGUUUGACGUUAUCGUGCAACAGUUCAGCAAAGAAAUCAGUAUAGUCGAGGGCAUAUAUAACAGAGGCAAACGGAAUCCACCUCUGUUAACGUAUCAUCCGCCGACGGCUGGCGCCAUAUUCUGGAUCAAACAGCUGUUCCAUCGAUUGAGGAAUCCAGUCCUGACGUUGCAAAACAUUCCGGAAUUGAAGCACAGCGAAUUGAAGUUGCUCGCUUUCAGCCAGUACGUCGAAGUCGCCAAGCAAAUGAAAGCUUUCGAGGAAUCAAAGUUCAACGCGUGGGUCGACAAGGCAAAGUUCGUCGUGCAAAGCACCAUGAAGAAGAGCGUUCUGAAGAUGGUGGAGUUAGAACCGGACAAAGGUGUGCUGACGUUCCCAGACACGGAGAAAGAGUUAACAAACGUUCAGACCAUUCACAUGUCGAAGAAGGCAAGGAAUAAGAAUUUCGGUUCCCCCGGCUCGACGUCUCAGAGAUCGAUUCAAAGGAGCGAUGCUCAGAUCUCGAAACCAAGCAUCGAAACUGGUAGUUCGGGAGCUGCUAGUUGGAAGAGGCGAGGAGGAGACGCCAAGAGCGAAUCUAAAGGAAUGUUUCAGUCUCAUAGAGGCCCCAAGUCGUCUACGAUGUCUUCUUUAGUGGACAAGCAAGGCCACGGGACGAAGAUCACUUGGACAGAGUUUAUGAGCGGCACGAUCUCGAUAGAAUGUCAGCUCCGUUUUGAAGUGAACUUUGACCCGAAAAUAUUCGAGAUUAUUCAUGAGGCUGAAUUAAUAGAGCAAUUGGGAUUUGAAAUAUCGCCCGUGAUAAAAGAUGUCGCCAUUCAAAGGGAUCGAUUAAGAAAGGAUAUCGACGUUACGGGGAGAAUGAUUCAACAAUACAACGAGAUGAUUGACAAAAUGGACAAGGCAGACAUACAAUUACUGAGCACCACGCUCCUGGAGGUUGAAAAGUAUAUUCAACCCGGCGUGAUGCGUUUGAAUUGGGACUCUCUGAAUAUAACAGAUUACGCAAACAACUGUGUAAAGUUAUUGAAAGAUCUGAACUCGGUCAUGGACCAAAUUAACCAUAUGAAAAAGGAUCUCGACAAUAGAAUAAGUCACGAUCUACAGAGCUACAACCUGUUUUCUCUGCCCCUCGAACUGUACGAAACGAAAGAACUAUUGCCAUGCAAGACCUACUUUCAAGAAAUUCAGAACCGAAGGACAGAGCUGGUAACCGCGAUGGUGAAGAUCUACAAAUCGAUAAGCCCCAUAUUGAGGAAGCUCGAAAGCUUGGUAAUAGGGACGUCCACUGGUAAAAGUUCAUCCAUGCAGCUUUUCUACGAAAAAUACGAGAAGAAAUUGUUCAACGCGUUCAUAAUGUGCAUGGUCAGCAACUUGGAGGUCUUCAACAAAAUGCUGAUCAGUUUCACGCCGAUCUUUCAAAUAGACGCCGUGUUAAUCGCCUCGGAGGCGGUAUUAAGACCGUCGCCCAGCGAGAUUUAUACCAUUAUACUUCAGAACGCGAAGAAUCUGCUGGAUCAUUUGAAAUCUUUUCCUAGGUGGAUGAAUGGAACCUGCUUGGAGUGUCCGCGUCAGAAAAAGAACGAUUCAGAAGAAUUCAUAACGAUUAGCUUCUACGAGGAUGUCAUGAGCAUUCAAGUGGUCAAUGAUAAUAUACUAUCGAUCCAAGCAUCGGCGCACAAACUAGCGUUGGAAUCUUGGCACUAUUUGCACAGAUGGAAGAAGUAUAGCAAUCUUUGGUCCUUCGAUAAGACUUUGGCGGCCGAGAAAUUCGCCCACACGUCGCCCACCCUCUUCCACUACGACGAAAAAUUCGUGUUUUACAACAAUAUUCUCGAAGAACUCGUGGACAUAGAGUCACAUUUUGACUUGUAUUGCAUACGCAUUAAUCUUCAUCCCCUGUUGUCUGGUGUCGAGCAACACGCCAACGAGUGGAAGCAAGUGCUGGGCAACUUUCUGCUAGCCGAAACUGUCCAGGGAAUGAACGACUUGAAAACGAUGAUCGAAAACUUCCGCGGCCAAGUCGAGCUCGUGAUCACUGGCUUAGAUCGUUUCACGUCGGUCAUGCAAGCGAUAUCCGACAUAAAGAAAACCGCUAUUCAGGCCGAAGUUCGAUUCAAAACUUAUCAGGAAACGUUUCGAACUUUUCGCGGACACGGAAUUACAUUUCCCGAGGAGGACGAACAAAUGGCUUUAAAUCUGCAACGUGAUUGGGAAUCGCUUUACCUGGGCGCCCUGUACAGGGCAUCGACCCUCGAAAGUACUUGCGACAGGUUCUCGGAGAUGACGCAGGAACAGAUACACAACUUCCUGGUGGAACUCGGGCAGUUCUCUGAAGAUUUCGAGAGAAACGGUCCGGGUAGCGUCGAAGAAAACUUGGAACUUGGAUUGAAAAAGAUGGAUGAAUACGGGAAACUGAUCGCCAAGUACGAGGAGAGACGUAUCAGCAUGAUCAAUUCGGAGCUGCUGUUCGAUCUUCCAGCGACCGAUUACACGAUCUUUCUGAACAUCAAAAAGGAAUACGAAGGGAUGGAGAUGUUGUUCGAUCUGUACAAAGAACAGAAGCACGCUAGAAACGAGUGGGCUCAGACACUUUGGGUGAAUCUAAAUCCUCAGCUGCUGAUCGACGGCAUGGAUCAUUUCAUCAGGAUGUUCCGAAGGUUUCCAAAGUUCGUUAGAAGCUCCGCCAUCGGGCAAGUCUUGGACGCGAACAUGAAGAGCUUUAAGAACUCGGUGCCGUUGUUCAUCGAGCUGAAGAACGAAGCUAUGCGCGAAAGACAUUGGAAAGAACUGAUGAAAAAGACUGGACAGCAUUUCGACAUGGACCCAGAUAGGUUCACCCUAGAAAAUAUGUUCGCGAUGGAGCUUGGAAAGUAUCAAGAUAUCGCCAAAGAAAUUGUGAUGAAUGCUGUGAAGGAGCUUUCUAUAGAGAGAGGCUUGAAAGAACUGACUGAGGUCUGGAAACAUAUGGAGUUCACUGUUGUGAAGCAUUUUAAGGGCGUCGAGGACCGUGGAUUCAUCCUCGGGCCCAUCGACGAAUUGAAUCAAGUUUUAGAAGACAAUAUGAUGAACGUGAAUGGCAUGGCCGCAUCGCAAUUUAUCGGCCCUUUUCUCAGAAGCGUGCAGAAAUGGGAGGACAUCAUGCACACGAUCUCCGAGGUUCUGGAACUGUGGACGCAGCUUCAAAAGAAGUGGUUGUAUCUCGAGGGCAUUUUCGUGGGCGGCGACAUUCGGCUUCAGUUGCCAGACGAGGCGAAGAAGUUCGACGAAAUCGACAAGUCGUUUAGGAAGACCAUGAACGACACGUCGAAGAGGUUGAAUGUUCUCGAGUGUUGCACUAUUAAAGGUCGAAAGGAGGAUUUCGAAGCGAUGAUCCACGGACUCGACAAGUGCCAGAAGUCCCUCACGGAUUAUUUGAACGCGAAACGGGCGAUCUUUCCAAGAUUCACUUUCCUCAGUGACGACGAAUUGCUCAGUAUACUUGGCAGUGGAGAUCCCACGGCCAUUCAAGAACACAUAGGAAAGAUGUUCGAUAAUUUGGACAAAUUCAGGUUCGAACUGAGCAACACCGAUCGAGUUGUGGCCACAGCUUUGAUAUCUUCCGAGAGGGAAGUGAUGGAGUUUCGAAACGAAGUCCUCACCGAUGGGAAGAUCGAGGAAUGGAUGGUGGUCGCUCUCGAGGAAAUGAAGAAGUCGAAUCGAUACUUGACGAAGAAAGCUGUCUACAAUUAUGGAAAGGUGAAACGAGAAAAGGAAGAUAAAAUUCAAGCACCGAGAACAGAAUGGAUGCUGGAUUUCCAAGGAAUGAUGAUCCUAGCGGCGGAUCAAAUAUGGUGGACAGCCGAGGUGGAGAACGUGUUCGUGAAAAUUUCACGAGGUGAAAAACGUGCAAUGAAAGAGUAUUUGAAACAAUUGAACAAUCAGCUGGACGAAGUGGUAACUUUAAUGGGCGGCGAUACGUUGACAAACAACGAUAGAAAGAAGUUUGAUAUGAUACUUACGCUCGAUGUUCACAUGCGAGACAUUGUCGAAGGUUUCGUUAGGGACAAUAUUAUAGAUCCUACGGAAUUCGAAUGGGAAAGUCAGCUGAGAUUUUAUUGGGUUCACGAUCUGGACAAUGUCUGGAUGCACCAGUGCACGGGAACGUUCGAAUACGGAUACGAAUACAUGGGUCUUAACGGCAGGCUUGUGGUCACACCUUUAACUGGCAGAAUAUAUUUAACUAUUACUCAGGCUCUCUCGAUGCACCUGGGCGGUGCUCCUGCAGGGCCUGCUGGUACUGGUAAGACAGAGACUACAAAGGACUUGGCCAAAGCGUUGGGAUUAUUAUGCAUCGUUACAAAUUGUGGCGAAGGAAUGGAUUACGUGGCAAUUGGGAAGACACUUAGCGGUUUGGCGCAAUGUGGUGCAUGGGGAUGCUUCGAUGAGUUCAAUCGUAUCGACAUUUCGGUGCUUUCUGUAAUUUCCACGCAACUGCAAACAAUACGUUCCGCGUUGCAAGUGAAAGCAACAAGAUUCCUGUUCGAGUCCCAGGACAUCGUGCUCGACAGCAAAGUAGGCAUAUUCAUAACGAUGAAUCCUGGAUACGCUGGUCGCACGGAAUUGCCGGAAUCGGUGAAAGCGCUGUUCAGGCCUGUAGUUUGCAUAGUUCCGGAUAACGAGCUGAUCUGCCAGAUAAAGUUGUUCAGUUCCGGCUUCUUGACCGCCAAAGUUCUGGCCAAGAAAAUGACUGUCCUGUAUAAACUGGCGCGCGAUCAACUGAGCAAGCAGAAUCACUACGACUUUGGUCUGAGGGCUCUCAAAUCCGUGCUCAAUAUGGCUGGUCACCUUAAACGAACUUCCGGCGACCUGGAGGAAAGUUUGGUGCUCAUGAGAGCCCUCAGGGACAUGAACGUACCAAAAUUUAUCUUCGAUGACGUGCCCUUGUUCUUGGGUCUGAUCGCGGACCUAUUUCCGGAUCUCGAUUGCCCCAGAGUUCAUUAUCCGGAUUUUAACGAGGCUGUGAAUCACGUCCUCGAAGAACACGGAUACUGCAUUUUGGAUCAGCAAAUCGACAAAGUUGUUCAAUUGUACGAAGUGAUGAUGACCAGACACUCGACCAUGAUAGUUGGACCCACAGGCGGAGGUAAAACUGUCGUGAUCGAAACCUUGUGCGGGGCACAGACUCGUUUGGGGAAACCAACGAAACUUUUUACUCUAAACCCAAAGGCAUGCACGGUGAACGAACUUUACGGAGUGCUGGACCCAACGACUCGCGAUUGGACAGACGGUCUUCUGAGCAAUAUAUUUCGCGAAGUAAACAGACCACUGGAGACGGACUCGAGUGAAUUAAGAUAUAUUCUGUUCGACGGCGACGUGGACCCUCAAUGGAUCGAAAAUAUGAACUCGGUGAUGGACGACAACAAAUUGCUAACUCUAGCGAACCAGGAGAGGAUCAGGAUGCUGAAUCAUUGCAGCCUGCUGUUCGAAGUAGGCGACCUGCAGUAUGCAUCGCCGGCAACAGUGUCGAGAGCUGGCAUGGUGUACGUGGAUCCGAAGAACCUGGGUUACCAUCCUUACAUAGACAAAUGGUUACGGGGCAAAAACAAAUCCGACCAGGAGUUCUUGAGCAAAACGUGCGAGAAGUACGUGGACGGCGCAAUCGAGCUCAUUAUACACGGAAUGUUAGGCAUGCAGGCGGUACAGCCGCUUAAGAUGAUCAUACCACAAACUGGAUUGAACAUGGUAACACAACUCUGUUACGUCUUCGACGGCCUACUAUCGAUUCUGGAUGAAGCUUCAGCCAUUGCGGCUCGAACCGAAGACGACGAAGAUGUACAUCAGGAGCUAUUGAUCACCAGGGAUGAAAUUCUCGAAGCAAUGUAUAUACAAGCCUGUUACUGGUCGUUGGGUGCUACUUUAGUCGCUGAAAAUAAGCCAGAGUUCGACGAGUACAUUAAAAAGACAAGUGGACUCAUGCUCGUUCAAGACACCGUUGAUAAACCAGCGACUGUGCGAUACCUCCCUGUAACGUACAGGACAUUGUACGAUUACUAUUUGGACAUAGAAAAGAACGUUUGGGUGCCAUGGAUGUUCGUGAUCCCGAAAUACGUGCACGACAGACAGAAAAAUUUCUCAGAAAUCUUGGUUCCCACCAUCGAUACUCUACGAACGACUUGGUUUAUCCAAACGAUGAAUACGCUUAAUCGUCCGGCACUUUUGGUUGGCGAGACUGGCACCGCGAAGACGGCUAUAAUCCAGGAAUUUCUACGACACCUGAACAAUGAAAAAUACAAUCAACUUCUAAUCAAUUUCUCGUCGAGAACAACGUCGAUGGACGUGCAAAACAACAUAGAAGCAGUGGUAGAUAAAAGAACAAGGGAGACGUACGGCCCACCGCCUGGCAAGAAGCUGCUGGUAUUCAUCGAUGACAUGAACAUGCCAAUGGUGGACACUUAUGGCACUCAGCAACCGAUCGCUCUUCUCAAGUUUCUGUUCGAAAGAGGCGGAUUUUACGAUCGCGGGAAAGACCUAUCGAUGAUGUACAUGAAAGAUAUGUGCUACCUAGCAGCGAUGGGAGAACCAGGUGGCGGCAGAAACGAUGUCGAUCCAAGAUUCAUCUCCAUGUUUACCGUUUACAACGUUACAAUUCCAUCGAACGAAACUCUCAACUAUAUUUACACGAGUAUACUGGGUGGACACUUCGAAAUAUUCGAGGAGGAAGUGCAAGCGAUCACCGACGAUUUGGUGCAAAUAACGUUGGAUCUUUACGAGAUAGUUACUGCGGAAUUGCUACCAACACCGAACAAAUUCCAUUACAUUUUCAACAUGCGAGACCUAUCGAGGAUCACGGCUGGCCUUCUCCAAAGCCACCCGGAUUACUUGCCAACGAUGAAACAGAUCGUCAGACUCUGGAGGAACGAGUUCACCAGGGUCAUAUGCGAUCGUCUGAUCAACGAAGAAGACGAGAACCUGGUCGCUGAACGCAUAAAGCAGAAGAUCGAGGAGCACUGGGAAGACGAACACGAAGUGAUCGAAUAUACCAUGAGAGAUCCUCUGCUUUUUGGCGACUUCAGGAACGCGAUCCACGAAGAAGAACCGCGAUUCUACGAGGACUUGCUAGAUUUCGAGGCCGUCUACAAUUUGUUUCUAGAGAUUUUCGAGGACUACAACGAGAGGAAUAUGACAAAACUCCACAUGGUCCUGUUCAACGAUGCACUCGAGCACCUGACCAGAGUUCAUAGGGCACUCAGGAUGCACCGUGGUCACGUUCUGGUCAUUGGUAUCGGUGGAAGUGGCAAGAAAUCGGUAAUAAAGUUGGCUGCGUUCGCAGCAGGCUUCCAGAUCUUCGAGAUCGGCUUGAGUCGCGGCUACAACGAGGCGUCUUUUCGCGAGGGCAUGAAAACGCUCUACAACAUGGUCGGCGUGGAUAAUAAGAGGGUCGUGUUCCUCUUCACGUCCUCUCAUAUCGUGGACGAGAGUUUUCUGGAACUCGUGAACAACAUGCUGAUGAUAGGCGUCGUGCCGUCUCUGUACACCGAUGAGGAGAAGGACGAAGUCAUUAACCUUACCAGAGAUCAGGCUAAGGAUGCUGGUUUUGGGGUUACCAGGGAAAGCGUGUGGUCGUAUUUUGUGAAGACCAGCAUGUCCAAUUUACGAAUCGCGUUAUCCAUGAGCCCAGCUGGAGAUUCCUUAAGAAUGAGAUGUCGUAGUUACCCUGGAUUGGUGAACAGCACAACGAUAGAUUGGAUGUUCCCUUGGCCCGAACAGGCUCUAGUAGCAGUGGCUAAUGUUACUCUCAGAGAUAAUCCAAACGUACCGCAAAACUUCAGGGAAUUAUUAGUGGAGCACAUGGUGUACGUGCACAAAACGGUCUGCGAUUACACGGUCGAGUUUCAAACGAAAUUACGAAGACGAAACUACGUGACCCCGAAGCACUAUCUGGAUUUCAUAAACACGUACUUGAACCUUUUGCUGGAGACGAAGGAGUACAUUAGCUCGCAAUGCGAUCGACUUUCCGGAGGUUUGCAAAAGAUCGCGGAGGCCUCGGUGACGCUGACCGAGCUCAACGAGAUCCUCGCCGUGCAAAGGGUAAAGGUGUCGGAUCAAACGAAGAACUGCGAGCAAUUGCUCUCCUCUAUCGGCGAGAGCACGGAUAUUGCGGUUGAAAAGAAGCAGCUGAGCGAGGAGAAAAGAAAGGAAAUAGAAGAUCAGAGAAAAAUUAUUAAUAAAGAACAAACGGAAGCCAGGCAGGCGUUGGCCGAGGCGCAACCUGCCCUCGACGCUGCUAGAUUGGCUCUUGGGGAGCUCGACAAAGCGGAUAUUACUGAAAUAAGAUCUUUCGCGACUCCACCGGAGGCCGUGCAAAUAGUCUCGGAAUGCGUGGCAAUGUUACGAGGCGUGAAGGAUACCUCUUGGAAGGGCGCGAAGGGAAUGAUGGGCGAUCCCGCGUUCCUGCGGACGUUGCAAGAAAUGAACUGCGAUAAAAUCACGCUGAAACAGCAACAAGCAGUCAGAGCACACUUGAAGAAAACCACCAAGCUGGACCAAAUGCAGUACAUCAGCAAAGCUGGAUUUGGCCUCUACAAAUUCGUACUCGCCGUGUUGGACUAUUGCGCCGUUUUCAGAGAGGUAAAACCAAAAAUAGAUCGAGUUAAGGAGCUGGAGGAGGAAUCGGUACGAGCUCGAAAGGCUUUGGAGCGAGAGGAACGUGAAUUGAGGAGGAUCGAGAAGGCCAUAGGUGAACUGAACGCGAAGUACGAGAACGCGAUGACGGAGAGACAGAAGCUGCAAGAAGAGACGGAUCUUCUGCAAAGGCGACUGAUAGCCGCCGACAAAUUAAUCAACGGCCUUUCUUCGGAGACCGAGCGAUGGAAAGUGGAAUUGAAAAACUUACAGGGACAAAUCGAGACGAUCGUUGGCAACUGUCUCCUCUCCGCUGGUUUCCUCGCGUACUGCGGACCGUUUUCGUACGAGUAUCGAAAUCAGAUGUUGUACGACGAUUGGAUGAAGAGCGUGGUGGAGAAAGAGAUCCCUUUCACGGAGACCUUUAAAAUAGAAACGCAACUGAGCAACGACGUCGAAGUUAGCACAUGGACGUCAGAAGGUCUACCGCCGGAUGAACUAUCGGUGCAAAACGGUAUUUUAACAACAAGAGCAUCGAGGUUCCCGAUUUGCAUCGAUCCUCAGCAACAAGCUCUUAACUGGAUAAAGAAGAAGGAGCAGAAGAAUCUGAAGAUACUCUCGUUCACGGACGCGGACUUCCUGAAGCACGUGGAACUGGCGAUAAAGUAUGGCCUUCCAGUUUUGUUCCAGGACGUCGACGAAGUCGAUCCCGUCUUGGACAACCUUCUAUCGAGAAACAUACAAAAUAUUAGCGGUCGGAUGUUCGUUCUCCUCGGUGAUAAAGAAGUAGACUACGAUCCGAAAUUUCGGAUGUACCUGACGACCAAAGUGUCGAAUCCAAUGUUUGAUCCUGCCCUGUACGCCAAAGCCACCGUGAUCAACUACAUGGUGACCCUAGGGGGCUUGGAAGAUCAACUGCUGUCGGUGGUGGUAAGGACAGAAAGACCGGACGUCGAGGAGCAACGCGAAACGCUGAUAAUCGAGACCAGCGAGAACAAGAAUUUGCUCCAGCAGCUCGAAGACAGCUUGCUGCUGGAGAUCGCCACCAAUCAGGGCAAUAUGCUUGACAACCUGGAGCUGGUGGAAACAUUGGAGAACACGAAAUCGAGCGCGGACGAAGUGAUGACGAAACUGUACCUGGGCGAAGUCACAGCGGCGGACGUGAACAAACUACGAGACGGAUAUCGAUCGGUGGCGAAGCGUGGAGCGAUCUUAUUUUUCGUCCUGGCUGAUAUGGCGACGGUGAACACUAUGUACCAGUACUCGUUGAUAAGUUACGUGGAGGUGUUCGCUAAUUCCCUGAAGAAAUCACUGCCGGAUCCAUCGUUGCAACACCGUCUGAAUAAUAUCAUUCUGAUGCUGACGAAGAACGUGUACGAUUACGGUUGCACGGGUAUAUUCGAGAGGCACAAGCUUCUCUUCUCGUUUCAAAUUUGCACCCGGCUGCAGCAGAGCUUGAAUCGCGUCCUCCAGCCACAACUGGACUUCUUCAUCAAGGGCAGUAUCGAGCUACAAAAGUCGCCCAAGGCCAAUCCCACUAACUGGCUGCCCGCUGCCAGAUGGGUGGACCUGCUUAAACUGAGCACCGACUUCCCGGACACUUUCGGUCAACUUCCGGAGGAAUUGCAGCAGCACGGAGAGGAAUGGCAAAAUUGGUACGACAUGGAUGAUCCAGAAUCCGAAGAUUUCCCUCUGGACUACUCCGAGAAGUUGCAACCCUUCGAAAAAUUAAUGUUGAUACGAUGUUUUCGCGUCGAUCGUGUGUAUCGAGGCAUCAUCAAUUACAUCAGCGAAAUCAUGGGCGAAGAGUAUAUCACUCCGCCUCACAUCAGCUUUGAAAUGAUUUUCGAACAGAGUAUGCCCUCGAUGCCUGUCGUUUUCAUUCUGAGCCCUGGAUCGGAUCCAUCGUCCGAAUUGAUGAAGUUGGCCGAAGGAUAUGGUUUCGGGGGCGGAAAAUUUAAAUACUUGUCUCUGGGGCAGGGCCAAGAAAAGACCGCGAUAGAAUUACUGGAACUAGCUGUAUCCAGAGGGCAAUGGCUGAUGCUGCAAAAUUGCCAUCUGCUGUUAAGCUUUACAAAAGAGCUGGAAAAACUUCUGGAGAGUACUGGAAAGCUACAUCCCGACUUUCGUUUAUGGCUGACAACAGAUCCAACCCCAAAUUUUCCUAUUGGAAUAUUACAAAAGUCCUUUAAAGUGGUUACGGAGCCACCGAGUGGUUUGAAGUUAAAUCUCGAGAACACUUACUUCAAAAUUAAACCCAACACCCUGAGUGCCUGCGAGCAUCCCGUUUACAAACACCUAAUUUACGUUCUAGCUUUUUAUCACGCGGUAGUCCAGGAAAGAAGAAGGUACGACAAAAUUGGCUGGAACAUAAGCUACGAUUUCAACGAAUCGGAUUUCAACGUGUGUACGACUAUCCUAGACACAUAUUUGACUAAGGCGUUUAAAGCAAACGACACCAGAAUACCUUGGAACAGCUUGAAGUAUCUUAUAGGCGAAGUAAUGUACGGUGGAAGAGUGAUAGACAGUUACGAUCGUCGAGUCUCCGAAACCUACAUGGACGAAUAUUUCGGGGACUUUUUGUUCGACGUCUUUCAGCCCUUCCAUUUCUAUCACGACGAGUACGUUGAUUACGUGAUACCGCCGGAAGGGGAACGUGACGAUUACCUGAAGUUCAUUCAGGAACUCCCACUGGUGAAUUCCCCGGAAGUCUUUGGACUCCAUCCAAAUGCCGAAAUUGGGUACUUCACUCAAGCAGUGAAGGAAAUGUGGAACAAUCUUAUAGAAUUGCAACCGCAAACUGGUAAGGGCGUCAGCGGAACUGGAAUAAGCAAAGAUGAAUUUAUCGACAACAUCGCCAAGGAGAUCUUGAACAAAGUUCCUUCGGAGUUCGAUCUGAUUAAAGUGAAGAAAGCUUUCGGGGUAUCCGUGACGCCGACGGCGAUCGUUCUUUUCCAAGAAUUGGAGAGAUUUAAUAAGUUAAUUAGCACGAUGAAGAGGACGCUAUCGCAUUUAAGCAAGGCUAUUGCUGGCGAAAUUGGAAUGGACACGCUGUUGGAGAGCAUUGCUACAGCUUUGUACAAUGGCGUAUUACCAAAAGAAUGGUCCAGAUUAGCGCCAGACACGAGAAAGAACCUUGCUGGUUGGAUGGAACACUUUGAAAAGAGAAUACAACAAUAUACUGACUGGUCAGGCGCGAACGAGCCAAUAGUUCUCUGGAUAGCCGGAUUGCACAUUCCGGAAACUUAUUUAGCAGCUCUCGUACAAAUGGCUUGUCGCAGAAACGAUUGGUCCCUCGAUCGUUCGCUCACUUACACGGAGGUAUCGAAGUACAGCAAGCCUGAUCAAAUAGAAGAGAGACCAGACCAGGGAUGCUAUGUAAGCGGGUUGUAUCUGGAAGGUGCUAGAUGGGACAUGGAAGAAAAGUGUCUGAGAAGAUCGCAUCCAAAGAUUCUGGUCGAAGAGCUACCGAUACUUAUCGUUAUUCCAGUCGAAGCUCAUCGACUCAGGCUUCAAAAUACUUUCAAAACGCCCGUGUACACGACGUCUAAUCGACGCAACGCGAUGGGAGUAGGUCUGGUGUUCGAAGCAAACCUUGCUACGCCAGAGCACAUAUCGCACUGGGUGCUCCAGGGAGUUUGUUUAAUAUUAAAUACCGAUUAA